CCCACGUGAAAACCGGUUUGGAAUAGCAUCAUUGCAUCUGUUUCGGUUGGAUUUGGCUUUCCUCUCUCCUCCACUACUAAUUAAUCGGAACAGAGAAGAUGGCUCGAAUCAUCCUGUUUGUGAUCUUGCUGGUUUCUCUUUCAGAAGGAGAGGGUAUAUCGUUCAAGAUCACGAAUCGUUGCCGGAACACCAUCUGGCCCGGUUUUCUGUCGGGCGCCACCUCACCCCCUCUCCCCACUACUGGCUUUCGCCUCUCUCGUGGCAAAUCCAAAUCCGUCACAAUUCCUCCCUCCUGGUCCGGUCGUCUCUGGGCUCGAACCUUGUGCUCCCAAGACCCCUCCUCCCGUUCUUUCUCCUGCUUAACCGCUGACUGCGGCUCCGGCAAGGUCCAGUGUUCCGGCUCCGGCGCUAAACCUCCCGCAACCCUCGCCGAGUUCACCCUCAACGGCACCGGCGGUCUUGACUUCUACGACGUCAGUCUCGUCGACGGCUACAACCUCCCUAUCCUUAUCUUGCCCAAGAAAAUCGUCCUUGGAGGUUGCGGAGCCACCGGUUGUCUCGUUGACCUGAACGCCGCCUGUCCCAGAGACCUUAAGCUGCUUGCACGUGGCACGAGAGGCGGCGUUGCAUGCCGCAGCGCCUGCGAGGCUUUCGGAGACCCCCGCUAUUGCUGCAGCGAUGCUUACUCUACGCCUGACACGUGUCAGCCUUCCGUAUACUCGCUCUUCUUCAAGCACGCCUGUCCACGCGCCUACAGCUACGCCUAUGAUGACAAGACCAGCACAUACACUUGCGCCACCGGAGCUGACUACGUCAUCAUCUUCUGUCCCCCGCCCUAUACAAGCGAGAAGCUGUUAGGAUCGUGGAAAGACGGGGCCACACUUCCGCUAGUCAACAAGAGCAUGAUACACUUGCAGUAGCUCCUCCUCCUCCUCUCAUUCUUCUUUCUUUCAACGCAGAUAGCAACAACAAAAUUUAUGUACAGAAAACGUCGUUAAAUGUGAGAUACUACUACUAGUCCGGUCGAGAAACUGCUAAUACUCUUAUUUUGCCCCCCCCCCCCCCCCCCCCCAUUCCUCUCUUUGUUUCAGAAAUAUUCUCUACCCGUCUUUUACGUAAUUGUGUAGAAAAAGUUAGCCCACGCCACAAUGCCAAGUCGCGUUAACUCCCAAGCAGGGCCUCACAGUCGCAUACGAAGCUUUGGGAUUUAAAGGGUUCAGCAUCAGAGUAAUUUUUAUUACUAAGGAAGCCCGUUUUGGACUUAUGCUCUUAAUGCAUACAAGGAAGAUGUGCUUGUUGUAUUCGCUUUUCACCAUUGUGAAUAGUCUGGUUGUUAAUUUAACAUAUAUUCAAAAAAAAAAGAAUAGUCUGGUUA